UGGGGUUCUCGUUUCCCAGGACCCCGCCUCCUCCUGGGCUCCCGCUGCCGGAGCGAGCGGCUCCAGCCCCCGGAAACCCGACUGGCUGCCGCUGCCGCGAAGUUGUUGCGAAGCGGCGCAAGCAGGAGGCGGAGGAGGGAGCCGGGGCGGGGGGAAGGCGCCGGGGCCAGGCUGGCUGCACGCCCCGCUCCCCGGGCAGGCAGAUCCGGACUCCCCCCGGCCCGGCAUGUUUGAGCGCCCGGAUCCGGCGUCUGCACCAGCCGCGGGGCUCCUGCCGGGGACGAGCCCGUGACUCGCGGCGAGGAGGGGACGCCAGCGGGCUCCGGCCAUGGACGAGGAGGGUGUGAAAGAAGAGGUCACGGAGAAACCAAAACGUGCUCCGACUGCAGACAAAGCUGGCUGGAUUAAGAAAAGCAGUGGAGGGCUUUUGGGAUUAUGGAAAGAUCGUUACAUCCUGUUAUGUAAAACGCAGCUACUGGUGUAUGAAGAUGAGGAGGAACAGAAAUGCUUAGAAACGGUGGAACUGGAGAACUAUGAGAAGUGCCAGGAUUUGCGUGCUCUCUUGAAAAGGAAAAACCGUUUCAUUUUAAUUCGAUCCCCGGGUAAGAAGGUCCAUAAUAUCAAAUUUCAGGGUCAGAAUGCGGAAGAGAAAGAAUCAUGGAUGAAAGCCCUGAAUGAAGGGAUCAGCAGAGCCAAAAAUAAAAUACUUGAUGAGGUGAAGAUAGAUCAGAGCCUUUCCCUGGAACACGUGACUCGAGACAGAGUGAAAGUGAGUCAUGGGCGCAGACCACCCACCAGAAUUCAUCUGAAAGAGGUUGCCAAGUCUACAUCAGAUGGAAUCUUGAGGCUGGAUCUGGAUAUAGUGGAUAAUGGCCCUUCAGACUUCACCGUGACUGUGAGCGAUAAUGAGAACGUCCCUCCUCCAAAGGAAACUCCAAAGCCACCUAUGCCUCCUACAAAGCCCAGUGUCGUGUCAGAGAAGCCGAGUGCGGAUAACAGCGUUGCCGAUCCAGAGCUUAAAAAGCCUCCGUUGCCUCCAGCUAAGAAGUUGAAGGAGAGUACACCAUCAGAGGAUGAUCUAAACGACAAGGACGUGGGUUCAGUCAGUCAAGGUGAAGAGGAUGAAGAACCCAAAGCCUCAGCAGGGGCCAAGGAAGAGAAUCUCAUGGAGGUCAGCGACAGCAGCACAGCAAAGCCUCCGAUUCCUCCUCCUAAAAUCUUAUCGGACAAGCUGAAAGGGGUCAGUUGGGAUGAACCAGCCCCUCACCCUCAAAGCACAGAAGGUUUGGAACCAUCCCAGAGUGGCAGUAAAGAAAACCUCACAGAGGUGGUUACAACAGCUACUGUGAAACCUCCACUUCCUCCUAAGAUUUUAUCAGAAAAAUUGAUAGCAAGUAUGGAUGCCACCCCGAGCAGUUUAGAGGCAAAGUGUUCAGAAGGCAAGGAGCCCCAUGAUUCCAGCCCCCCCAGGGAUGGAAUGGAAGACGGGGAAGUGACAGAAUCCACUCCCCAAAAAGUAGAGCUUGAAGAAGGAAGUGAGAGAGCUGCUGCUGAGAAAGAGAAGCCGCAAACAAUACAAGAACAAAUAAAGACUUCCUUAGAUACCGAAGCAAAGCAGGAAAGUACAGAGGUUCCUAGUAAAGAGAAAACACUUUUACCACAGUCCGUGGCAAACCCCUUGCCUCUCAGAACUCGCUGUGCAUCUCUAGGAGAGCUGCUGAAUGAAUCAAAAAACGCAGAAAAAGAACUUCUGGGUCCAGGCUUCCGCAAGGAGCCCCAAUCCUCCCUGGCUAAAAUGGAGGAGAAAGUGGCUCGCGAAAGGGAAAAGACAGAAAAACUUCUGCAAAAGGUUUUAUGCCCAGAGUUAGAACAAGCACAGGAGGGGAAUGGGCCCCCAGUAAACGCAGAGACAUUACUCAACGAGGCAGUAGAACAGCUUCGCCAAGCAACACAAGUCUUACAAGAAAUUAAAGGGUUAGGAGAACUGAAUAAGGAACCAACAGAGAAACAGAAACAAAAAGAAAAGCCGAAGGAUCUAGUAACUCUUUAUAGGAGAAGUGUUCCCUGAGAUGUACUUAAGAAGACACUUCUUUCUUACAAUCAAGCUAAAAAUUUGCUAUUUACGACUUAUACCAUUGCUUGGCCAGUGUUAAAUAAGGUUAUGUUUUGCUAUGCACACACCAUGCAUUCAAAGCAGGGCAUUUCAGUUAUAAUUUUCUUUUUGUUCUAUCUUUAUGCCAUAUUCCCAUCCCUGAUCACAAUAGGAAGUUAGAGGACACUGAACAUCAGUUGCAAAAAUGUGAAUAUUCUUUAAGGUCUUGAUCCAAAGCUCAUUGAUGUCAGCGGAAAACCACCAGUUGGCUUUGGAUUAGGCACUAAAAAAAAAAAAAAUACCCACCCCCACAACACUGGUAAUCAGACUAAAGGUCAGUUUUUCAAAGGAGGGCAUGGAUAUUCUAUCAGAAAAUUCAUGUGUGCAUGUAUAAAUUGGCACGUAAGACAUGGAAGGUCAGACUAGAUGAUCAUAAUGGUCCCUUCUGACCUUAAGUCUAUGAGGCUAUGAAUUACCCCAUUUGCACUGACACCCAGAGAGUUUUGCCAAUGAAAUCAUUCCACUGGGAAUCUGGCUGCAAACAUCCAUAAACUUUGCUCAGUUUGUUCACCUGCUGACAGAUUUUGACUACCUGGCCCAAUCAUAUUCUGGAACAAAUGGUUAACAGUUUCCAUAGAUACUCAUUAAACACAUCGGCAGUUCAGAAAUUGACUUAGAAAUCUGCACAAAACUGGCAAACUGGUGAUGGUAAGUAAUUGGUUUCAGGUCCCAGACUUCAACACAACAAGCCUUCCGUGUUCUAAGCACUGUACAAGUAUCGAUUAAGCCUCAGACUACCAUUGCCAAGCAAGUAUUACUUUUCCUGUGGGGAAACAGGCAGGGAUGUGAGGUGAUUUGCCCACAGAAGGAGUUCAUUUCAGAGCCAGGGAUAGAAUUUAGCAAUUCUACCCCUGACUCUGUGCUCAUUCUCCUGGAUAGUGCUGCUAUGUUUGAAAUACCUGCCCCUGGCUGAAGCAGCCCGUAAUGUUCAUUUUUAAGCAAUACAUUGACCUGGUAACUAGAGUCUCCUGUAUUUGUAGAAGUAAAUAGUCAGCCAGCUGUUUGGAGGCUCAUGGGAGCGGUUGGCUGGUUGUUCUGAAAGUAGACUCUCCCCUUGCUGUGUGUCGAGCAGGCUUGUCUUGGGAGAUUGACUGAUGACAUGUCCGUCAUGGCAACUGGUUUUGAUGGAACAGCUAAUCAUAUCAUUUUAACAGGGAAAUGCAUUUUGCAGUUUAAUUCUUGGUGGGUAGGCAGCUGAACUCAGUACACUGAAACGAAAAAGGAAUUACUAAAUACGGGUCCGAUCUGGUUCCUAUGAAAGGCAAUGGCAAAAUGCCCUAAUUCUUGGUCCUCCUGUUAAAGGAAGUUGCAUUUCAUGAUAGAAAUGUGAUGGAAUAGGAAUAGUCAUGGUGACAAAAUUAUUACAAAACCGUGUCUUGCACGACAAAGAUUAAAAGUUUAAGCACCCUUUUCACUCUCAGACAACAUGUGUGGAUGUGAACUGGGUCACCUACUUGCCAGUCCAAGUUCAGCGAUGCUCAUUUACCCAACCAAUUCAGGUCAUCACAGGGCGCAGGUGCAUCCCUUGUAUCCUGCUUUCAGAGUUUUGCCCUAAAAUAUUCAUUCUCAAUGGCACCACAUCAAUGACCCAGGGAUUCAAAGGUCCACCACCUCCUCUUGGCUUUAUCUAGGCCUGUGCGGCAGAGGAAGGAUUGGAUCUUUCUCAGCUGAUCUCAUGGAGCUCCAGGGAAUGCAGGUGGAUGUUGAAUAGCCAAGGCCCAGCAGAAUAGGAAGAAUUUCUGAGCCAGAGUUCAACUUAGCAGUUCUCAUUGCUAAAGUAUCUACACUACCCAGUAGCUUGUGCCAUCUGCCCCUGCCAAGUACUAAGCCAGGAGCAUGCUAUACAUCUUCUCUAGCUCAGGUUCCUUCUCCGGUAGCUCACCGAGGCUCCAUGGUACCCCAUGCUGCAAACAUCCACCUGAGCAGCAGCAAAGUAAAACUCAAACUACAGCUGAAUUAGGAAGGAGGAGGGGGGAACUGAUGAGUGCUCCUUACCAUGUCCAGGCAGCCCUGACCUAAAGCAUUUCAGGAACGGAAAAAUGGGAACAUCCCAGAUAAGAGCUAGGUAGUCACUCAACCAGACACUUCCAAAUCGAGUGAUUAAAACAGCCUUGUUUAAGCUGCCUCAUUCUCAAGCUAGUCAUAGGAAUUGUAUUGAAAGUCUCUAUUCAAUCACCCAUGCAGUUUCUGCAUAGUAGAAUUUGCUUGAGUUUCAGUUGCCAAAACAGCCCUGCAUUUAGACACCGGAUUUCCAAAUGUAUGCAGUCCAGAGCGUAGUCCCCUUGAUGCAGGCCAAGGAUAAACUCUGGUUCUGCAUAAUUUACUGCUGUAGAGUCAAUGUGAACUGAGGUAUCUUGUUUUCUUAUGAGAUGUACUUAUAAGACAAGGGCUAACAAUACAGAUCUAGUCUAUUCAGUGCCUACCAGCUUCUAAUACGUAUUUUUCUGCAUGUGCACUUUUGUUUACCGAACACUGUGUGAUGUGAACAUGAGCUGUACAAACCUGGUGUGUACAGAAUGUCUUGGGACAUCAGCCUUCAGGGAGAAGGAGGCAUCUGUGAGAUAAAAUUGUAUAACAAAAGAAUAAAAUGGAAGACUAACGGAGAUGUAUAUGUAUAGGGAUGCGCUCAGACCAGAAUCAUGAUCUGGCUAUGGUCAACAUUUGGAUGCAGAAGUGCUGAAGCUGUCCCUUAGCCCUAUUAGGGCCAAACCAACCCCUGGAUUUGAAUACCCUUGAACACUGGGGAAGGUCUGGAUCCAGCUCAUACUCAUCUCUGAUAUACGUGGAUGCUUUCGCUCUUACAAGUACUUUGUCAUCACCAUGUGCCACCUAUUAAAUAUCUACCUACUGCAGUGCUGACGAAGAGUCCCAGAUACCCCUAUCUAUUGCAGCAAGAAUCUACAGGAUGUGCUUAUAUUUACUGUAUUUUUUAAUCAUACUGAAUAUUUUAAUGUCUGACAUUUUACUGAAACCCCAAUAGGAAUCUUAACAGAAGACACCUGAAUCUGUUAGGAGAUGGGAGAGCUAAACCUUUUUACAAGCCAGAGCUAAAUACUGCACGCACUAACGUCACUUACCUUUAUAUACUAUGUCUUGUAAAUAACGAUAAAUUAAGUGAACUCUCCUUUUAACACCCAGUGUCUCCAUGGCUGAAAAUGUUGCGAUAAUUAAGGAAAAAUAGCCUUUUGUAUAGGUUUAGAGUUUCAUUCUACAGUGACUAGCUCACCUAGAAUUUUGGGUCGACUGGGCUUUUAUGUAUAAUGAAAGCUUCAUGGUUUGUUUAGAACAUUUAAUUCUGAAGUUUUCACACGUUAUUCUUGUUCAGGGCAUAAGCCAAUCUCCGCCUAAUGGGGACGGCAGGUCAUUCCAUAGCUGUCUUCUGGGCUUCUUGCACUUUCCUCUUAAACAGCAAGUACUAGCCAUCGUCCCAGCCGCGUUCUGGAGUAGAAGACCCAUUACGCUGAUCUAGCAGGACAGUUCCAGUCUUCAUUUUACCUGCCACCAAUGAGUGCCUAGCUUUUCUUCACUCAAGAGCCCCAGCUGCACUAAGCUUGCUUUCUCGUGUCUGAAGACACUGCAGGCGUGUCGAGAUGGAGCGUGACUCAAUGUCAGAUUUGUACGAGGACUGCCAGAGCUGCAUGGUUCCGACAGGAAGGAAGUGAAUGCGCUAGUGAGUGGCAGUAAAUGAUUGUGUCUAAAAAUCUGUCAUGGCUCUUGGAAAGGCAACGCUGCCUUCUGCGUGUAAAGAGCUUUGAGAUUUGGCAAUAAAACUCCUUUUUAAGCA